AAGCCGGGGCAGCCCAGCGGGCUCCGUGCCGCCGCGCCGCAGGGCCCAGCCAUUUUGCGUGCGGGGAGCGGGGCGCCGCGCAAUUAGCGCCGACCUCGGCGAGGGAGGAGGAGGAGGAGGAGGAGAGGAGGAACGGGCGUCGCGGCUGCCAUUUUGACAAGCCGGGGAGUGCCGCCGGCCGCUCGGAGGAGGCGGGAUGCGGCGAGGCACCGCUGCGGACCUGCUGUCAGGCUGUCCAGCCGCGCUCCGCCCCGUAGAGGCACGAUUGCCCCGCAGCGCUCCCGCAGCCGCUCGCUAGCAGCUCCCGGGGGAGAAGCCGGAGCUCCGGGGGAAGCAGCGGGUGCCUUUCCCUGCCGCACACCCAGCAGGUGCGUGGUGCCGGCGAGGAGCCUCCCCGCUCUGUGCAGCCGCCCUCCGAGCGAGGCUUCCAGCGGGGACCCGGCUGCUGCAGACUCUUGCAUGUGAGUUUAAUUUCUUGAGAGAAAUCUUCAUAAAGGGCUAAAUAAACAAGAUCUACGUAUACAGAAAGUCCUUACUUCCUCCGCACUAGAGACACAGCUAAACUUGCCUGUCUGGAAAUCUGAAGACUUUUAUAGCAAAUCCGCCAGUGUCAAAAUGAACACAGAUAGCGGUGGGUGUGCUCGCAAACGUGCUGCAAUGUCUGUCACAUUAACAGCUGUGAAGAGGGUUCAGAGUUCUCCAAACCUAUUGGCCUCAGGGUCUGAUUCUCAGUCUCCAGAUUCAGCCUGGAGAUCUUACAAUAAUGGAAGUAGAGAGACACUGAAUGGAGACAUUAGCAGUUCAUCUCUCACAGCAAAAGGUUUUAGAAGUGUGCGGCCCAACCUACAGGAUAAAAAAUCACCAACUCAGGCACCUCUGCCACCCCCUAGAAAAGAAAGUUUUCAAAGAGCGAGAGUAACUAAUCACAAGAACGGAAUUAAUCUCCAGGCAGUAACAACUGAGCCAGAUAAACACCUUCCCACAGAUACUGGCUAUUACACUAAUGAGAAGUCUGUCCAGAAGAUAAUGUCUUCUCAAAUAUCUAACACAAGUGUGUCCUAUGCACAAAAAAUCACUAAACCACUGACCUCAAUCUCCAGUGCAGGCACAAGCACAGUAGCUGGUAUUAGUGCUACUCUCCACCAAGGCCAAAGACAACAGACUCAAAAGCGAAGGGUAUCUACCCUUAAAUUAACCCGGACACAAGAUUCAGCGAGUAGCAUUCAUUGUAAUACACAGCAACAGCUCAAGCCUGUUGAAGUGCCAAUAUUUUCACAAAGGCCUGUCUCACCUGCCUGUAACCCCAUGCCUGAGAUACACACAGCGUCUCUUUCCAUUCAGAUAGCUCCCAUCCCUGACAAUAAAGCAGAGCCUGAAAUCCAAGAACAUCCACCUAGUAUUUCUCCAGACACUUCAAAGAUGUCUUCAAAGGAUUUGGGACAAAAGUCUACAGUUCUUCCUUCUUCACAGGCUGCAGAAUGCCAUGUGCUUGGAAACCAGAAAGUAACUGCCCCUGUGAUGGAGGUAAAUGCUUCACAGACACACAGACAAACAGCAACAGAAGCUUCUCCACUGCCUCUUCCUCCUCCUGUGGUACCAGUUAACAGAGCCUCUUUCUCACCAGACAGUGGCACCCAUCUAGUACCAUAUUCUUUGCCAGCGCUUGAUGACUUUUUGCCUUCACGCUUUUAUAAAACCCCAGCCCUUUCACAAUUUUCAUAUAAAUACCCAUUCCUAGCUUCUGAAAGUAUUAUCCACAGGAACGAAACAGCCUCUGUAAGCACAGAUUCUGCCAUGAGUGAGUGCUCCUCCCGCACAGUGAGUGAGUCCUCCACAGCCAUUCUAGAUGAGCUGCAGACUUGUAGCUAUGAUACUACUGACUGCUCUGAAACACCUUCCCCAACCUUGAGCCAGAUGUCUGCUGUGUCAGAUGGCACCACCUUAACCAACACUGCUGCCACUUCACAUGCUCAGAUCACAGUGAAUGGGAACUCUGGCACUGCUGCCAGCCCAGUGAGUCACUUUCAAAGGCCUUUUUCCCCUUCUUCAGCUUACCCUCCACCAGCUUCUCUCAAUUCCAACAUUGUUAUCAUGCAGCAUGGCAGGAUGAUGGAGUCCACAGAGACAUACUCACAGCAUGUUCAGAGUGUUGGCAGCAGCAGCGCCACCAGUACAAUACCAAUCUGUAGAUCCUCAGAGGAAGAAAAAAAAAUUACAGUCAUUAAAGCUCCACAUUAUGCAGGGAUUGGCCCGGUAGAUGAAUCUGGAAUCCCUACAGCAAUUAGAACGACAGUUGACAGGCCAAAGGAUUGGUACAAGACAAUGUUCAAGCAAAUCCAUAUGGUUCAUAAGCCUGAUGACGACACAGACAUGUAUAAUACUGCCUAUGCAUACAGUACUGGUAGCUACAGUCCAUCCUUCUCUGCUCAGGCACACCCAGCUGCAAAGACACAGACAUACAGACCAUUGUCUAAAAGCGCUUCUGACAGUAGCUCCGAUGCCUUUAAGGUCUCAUCUCCUUUACCACCUCCACAUGUGCCACCUCCAGUACCACCACAUCGUCUGCGGGAAAGGAUUACACCAGAAAAAAAUGACUGGGAUCCCCCUGACAGAAAGGUAGAUACCCGCAAAUUCCGUUCUGAACCAAGAAGCAUUUUUGAGUAUGAGCCGGGAAAGUCAUCAAUCCUUGAACAUGAAAGACCGACUUCCUUAUAUCAUCACUCUUCAACAGACAGAGGCCUGGACAGGCCCUCUAGUUCUGCAAGUACUGCGAGUGACUACAGGAAAAGAAGGAAGUCAGAACCUGCUGUAAGUCAUCAGAGGGCGCACAGUGACCAGAAUGCAAACAGGCCUAAUGUGGGCCGGACAGAUAUGCAAGGCCCAUAUACCACCCUUAGAAAGCCUUUAACUAGCUCGUCUCCUUCUUCUCCGUCAAGAGCAAAAGGUGGGGAUAUUAGCAAAGUUUAUCCAUCCCUCCUCAGUUAUUCAGUGCACAACCACAACACCUCAAAUGAAUUAGAUUACUGUAGCACUUACAGACAACAUUUAGCUGUUCCAAAUGAUUCGAGAAGGGCAAUCAGCUAUAAGAAUGGCUGGCAAAUGACUCGUCAAAAUGCAGAAGUGUGGAGCAGCACAGAAGAAACUACUUCUCCAAAGAGAAAAUCUCGUAGCUGUGACGAUCUUUUAACAGAUGAUCGCGAUAGCUUUCCUGAUGCGCAGGCCAAGUCCGAAAGCAUGGGCUCUCUUUUAUGUGAGGAGGACUCCAAAGAUGUUUGCUCAAUGAACUGGGCCUCCCCGUAUGGUCCUGAGGGCCGUGGUGGUGGUAGGGCAAGAGUUCGUCACAGAUCUGCACAUGAUGCCCCAGGUUUCCUAAAAAUGUACAAAAAGAUGCACCGCAUCAAUCGCAAGGACUUAAUGAAUUCCGAGGUGAUUUGUUCUGUGAAGUCCAGAAUAUUGCAGUAUGAAAAAGAACAGCAUAAAGGUAUUCUUCAAGGCUGGAGAGAGUCUUCUACUGAAGAGGUGCCCAGAGAUAUGGUGCCAACCAGAAUAUCAGAGUUUGAAAAACUAAUUCAGAAGUCGAAAUCAAUGCCAAAUCUAGGUGAUGAAAUGUUGUCAGCCAUUACGCUACAGCCUCCUAAAAAUGGUUUAUGUACGAAGCGGCGAUUUUCCAUCGAGUCUCUGCUGGAGGAAGAAAAUCAAGGCAGACAUCCCUCUCAGGUACAACGGAGCUACAAGUCUAAAACCCUGGUGCCAAUUCAUAUUGAAGUGACCAGUGAAGAGCCACAACGGUCACACAUGGAUUUUUCAGACAGUGAUCAAGAUGGAGUGGUUUCUGACCUCAGUGACUUUAUCCAGAUAGAAGGUUCCUCCUUUUGUAGUGAAAGUGACUUUGAUCACUUUUCAUUCACAUCAUCUGAAAGCUUUUAUGGAUCAGGCCAUCACCACCACCACCACCACCACCGGCAUCUCAUCAGCUCCUGCAAAGGCAGAUGCCCAGCAUCCUACACUCGCUUCACCACCAUGCUGAAACAUGAAAGGGCUAAACAAGAAACCACGGAGGAUCCAAGGAGACAGGAAGCAGAAUCUGGUCUCUCCAAGAUAGCAUUCCUAGUCAGUCCAGUGCCUUUCCGGAGGAAAAAAAGUGCAGCCCCUAAAAAACAAACUGAAAAGAAAAAAUGCAAAUCAUCUGUAUUUGAAGCACUAGAUUCUGCACUUAAAGACAUCUGUGACCAAAUUAAAGCUGAAAAAAGGAGGGGAAGCUUGCCUGACAACAGUAUAUUACACAGACUUAUUACUGAGCUGCUUCCAGACAUUCCAGAAAGGAAUUCAUCUCUGACGGCUCUGAAAAAGCGUCCCAUGCACCAGCCUUUUCAUCCACUGCCUCAAGAUGGUGCUGCUCCUUGCCCGCUGUACCAGAACGAUUGUGGAAGAUCACCUCUUAGUGCCUCCUUUCAAGACAUGGACACAGCUAACAACAACCACCAAGACAAUGAUAGUGCACUGUGUUUCCAAGACCAGGAAUCUCCUGGAAACUAUUCUUCUGCUUUCACUGAUGUGGGACGAUGUACUCCAAGGGAAAGAAGAGGAACUACGGACAAAGAGAAACUGCCAGCCAGAGCUGUAUAUGACUUUAAAGCUCAGACUUCUAAAGAGCUGUCCUUCAAGAAAGGAGAUACUGUCUAUAUCCUCAGGAAAAUUGAUCAAAACUGGUAUGAGGGUGAACACCAUGGAAGAGUUGGAAUAUUCCCAAUUUCUUAUGUUGAGAAACUUUCUCCCCCAGAAAAAGCACAGCCUGCCAGGCCCCCUCCCCCUGCACAAAUUGGAGAGAUUGGAGAAGCUAUUGCCAAAUAUAAUUUCAGUGCAGACACAAAUGUGGAGUUAUCACUUAGAAAGGGAGACAAAGUAAUUCUUCUUAAGCGAGUUGAUCAAAAUUGGUAUGAAGGUAAAAUACCAGGAACCAACAGACAAGGCAUCUUCCCCGUUUCCUAUGUAGAAGUCAUCAAAAAGAAUGCCUCAAAAAGUGUUGAUGACUACCCCGACCCUCCUAUACCCCAAAGCUAUUCUAGUGACAGAAUACACCAUUUAAGUUCAGCUAAGCCACAGCGCCCUGUGCUUGCUCAUGAAAACAUACACACGGGGGGGGAACCGUUUCAGGCUCUAUAUAACUAUACUCCUAGGAAUGAAGAUGAAUUGGAGCUCAGAGAGGGAGAUGUCAUUGAUGUGAUGGAAAAAUGUGAUGAUGGAUGGUUUGUGGGAACCUCAAGAAGAACCAAAUUCUUUGGUACUUUCCCUGGAAACUAUGUCAAGAGGCUGUGAAUUUUUUUUCCUGCUUAUUUAUGCUGCAUCUCUGCAACACAUCUGCAUAAAGCUGCUAGAAAACAUGCUACACUGGCCUUCUGUUUUCUUGCUUGCAGUCUCAAAUAGAGGCCACCCAGUUCAUCCUCAUCCCAUCCCACCCGCCAAACCGUUCCAGCAGUAUUACAGCAACAACUGCAUUCUGAAUAACUAAGCUUUUCUGAAGCAAGAGGAAUCGGUUCAACAUUUAAGUACUCCCUGCUUUAAAAAUUCUUUUCAUUUGAAAUGCAAUAGGAAAAGCCUGAUGACGGGUACACAGACGAAUUGCCAUGGGAGGGGUACAGGGAGAGGGAGAAAUUCAUUUGAGACAUUUGUGGUAUGAAGCGCCAUGGAAAAUAAGAAUUUUCAACAUGCACGUACCACAGAGGGGAAGUUGCUGUUUACAACUUAAAAAAAAAAAGUUUUGAGUUUCAACGUUCUUGUUAGCUUGGCAGCAUUUGUUGCUUUCACUUUGCCGUAUCACAGGUUUGCCUAUUGUACUGGUUUACAAUAACAAAUUAUAAUAUAGAUUUUUUGCCUGCACUUGUAUGUUGUAACAUAUGCACAGUGACUGUAAAAUCUCAAGCAAGUGUAGUAAAAAACGGAAGAACUGCAAGUGUUCUGAAGGUGCAAUGGUAUUGGAUAAACCCUUUUUUUACCCUAUUAAAGCUAUAGUGUUUUCUGUUAAAAGGUAAGAAGUGCAAGAUAUGUAAAACCUCGGGAAACAGGAUUUUAUGAAGAGACAGACAAUGAUCUAAGCAUAGACAAUAAUAAUCUGCUAAUGAUGUCUGACAUUAAAUGGUUGUAAUCAAAGUGUCGUAAUAGUCAGCAACAUGAAAUUUGAAAGGUUAGUGUUUUUAUGUAUCACAGGAAUUUUAAGAAGCAGAGAGUAAACAGUGUUAGUGUAAAGGAUUUUUUUUUCCUCUGACAUAGCCACCUAAAAAUAUUCACAAGUAUCAUGUACUGAUUUAUUUCACUAUAUAUAUAUAUAUAUAUAAGUAUCUAUGUUAACAAAACCUGAGUUACACAUUCUUUUUUCGGGAUUUAGUACAGAAAAAAAAUCACGACUAUUAAAACUGAUACAUUUUAGAGUUGGUUUUUUUUUCCUGAAUGAAAUAAGUAUUUGAAAACACACAUUUUCCAUAAGCAAAGGUAAGCAUAAAUAGCAUAUGAAAUUAAGUCACAGGAUGAUAAUGACUAUGGCUUUAUAAAAAAUAAUAAUAAUAAAAUAAAUCAGAUUUGGUUUCUUCAGCACCUUAUAGAUGGCAAAAGCUUCUACUGCGUUUCUCAUGGGUAUAGGAUUGAAAUUAUCAACAUGUAUGUAGUCUCUGUAGCAUUUUGUACAUAUGUUUGCCUUUUUGUACAGAGACAUUUAGUUGUUGAUUUAAAAGAAAAAAUUUAAGUUCCUUAUUUGAUCUUUGCCCUCUUCACAUACAGAUUUCAAUGCAUUUUUCUUUUCUUGCUCUAUUUACCAUAAGCACAUCUGGAUAGUGCAAUUCUGUAAGAUAGCAUUUUAUGCAAAACUUUACUAAUUAAAAUAUGGUUUACCAGCCAAAUCUAAAUGUACAUAUUUCUUUAUUACUGAGAAAUGUCAUUAAGACAAAGGUAAAGAAACAUCUUUGUGCAGCAUACCUUUAUUAUUGCAGAUUUCAUGGCAAAAGCUUUAUAUUUCAAAGGCUUUCAAUUUUAAACUAGACCUGCAUGCAGCUUUGCUGUGAGAUUAAUACCUAUCUUUGAUGCCAUUUAUGAUUGAAGACUUAAACAUCUGUUGCCUGUGAUAUUUAAAAAGUACUGUUUCUACUCUGUAUCUGAUUUUAGAAAAAUACAGGUUUUUCAUACCUGGCUUUCAGGUAACUGACUUUGAAUUCCUACAAGCAAAAGGUCUCUGUGUUUGUUUUUUUUUUUUUCUUGAAUAGACUUCUAAUAAAUUUUGCUUGGAGUAAAAAA